GCCUCCGCUGGUUCAAGGCAGGACACGGAACGUCCCGGUCUGAACUCCGCGUUACAAAAAGGAGGAGCAACAUUCCAAGUGGAGCAGAGAGGAGCCGCAGCAGCAGGGUCAUACUGAGUCACAGCCCCGCGUGGAGGAAACACGCUGGACCCACGGAAUCGUCCGCAGCGCAACAGCCACGAGGACCCGCGCCAGAGAGACGCAGUGACCAGCAGGCGGCAGCAGAGCAUGUUCGACGAGGAGUCGCAGCAGAUGAGGGGGCCGCAGCAGCAGGAGGCGGGGGGCGCAGGGGUUCCCCUGUCCUUCACAGAUGAAGCCGUGUCCCUGCUGACCUCCAGCAGCCUGCUGGCCCGCUCCCUACUGGGCCGCAGCUCAGCCAUCAAGCGCAAGGAGAGCCCGGCGUCCAGCAUCCGCCGCAAGCGCGAGUUCAUCCCAGUGGCCCAGAAGGACGAGUGCUACUGGGACAAGCGGCGGAAGAACAACGAGGCGGCCAAACGCUCCAGAGAGAAGCGGCGAGUCAACGACAUGGUGCUGGAGAGUCGGGUUCUGGCUCUGCUGGAGGAGAACGCUCGGCUCAGAGCGGAGCUGCUAGCGCUCAAGUUCCGCUUCGGCCUGGUCAAGGACCCCUCUAACACUCCCAUCCUGCCGCUCAACACAGCCCAGAGCCCUCACUACUACGCCCCCCGGGGCGAAGGCGGCAGCACGAACCCCGCGGCCUCCCACCACACGGCAGCGGUCAUCACUCGAGCGUCCAGAGAGGCUGGGAACCUCUCCGAGGACUCUGGUUUCUCCACCCCGGGAGGCUCCAGUGUGGGCAGCCCCGUCUUUUUUGAGGACCGCCUGAGCGAUCAGGGGAAGCUGUCCCCCCACAGAGCGGAGGAGCUGGGCUACGAGCUCCAUCCCUCGCCUGCUGACGUCCACCACAGUGCAGACAACCUGAAGAACCUCCCACACAAGCUGCGGUUCAAGGGGCCGGGGAACGGAGAGACGGGCGAGGCGGCGGCGCCGGUCGAUAUCGGCCACGCCCGACCUAGCCCGGCCGAGAGCAGCGAGGGCCUGUGGCCGUCGCCACUGGAGUCGCCCCAAUACCUGGCCAACCACCCCCAGUCUCACACACUGGCUGAACUCAGUUACCAGAGCGAGAACAGUCACCUGAAAUCUCAGCUCAACUCACUGAGCGAAGAGGUGGCUCACCUGAAGAAGCUCUUCACCGAACAGCUGUUGGCCAACAACAGAGCAGCGUGACCCGCAGACGUCACAGACUCCAGUGUCACACCUCCUGGUGUGGAUGCAAGCGUUCUACAAUCCUGUUACCAUAGCAACAACACGUCAUUCUAAAAGAACUUAAGACGAAACAGCAGGAUGUUUUGCCCCUAAAAUGACCAUGGUAGAGCUGAUACUUUUAAACUUUGAGAAGAUGCAAGUCCAGUACUUCCAGCCUCCACCUGCUGUAUGAUAUUCAACUGAACCCUCAACACUGUGACAGACAUGUAGCGGAACUUGUUGCACCUUCUUCUGAAGCUCGGUGAGGAAAGCAGGUUGUGAAAAUGGUCUGAUCGAACUUGUAAAUAGACUUUCUUGCACACAUUCAUCCGUUGUUGUGAAGACUUUGUGGCGUCCGCCUCCAGUUCCGGCGCUCUCAUCUGCUUCUGUUCACUGUUUGAAGUAUGCCUUGUUUUAUUGUGUUUUUUCUUAUUUAAAAUGAAUAAAGAUUUGAAAUACUGAUCAACGUGACU